AUGUUAUUCCCUAGAGAAACCACAUGCUCAACUGAGAGUGAUUUUAAUGGUGAACACAUGGGUGCCAGAAUUUCAUCAGUGUUUGUGAUUCUGGUUACCUCCAUGUUUGGUGCCUUUUUCCCCAUCCUGUCAUCAAGAUACUCGUUCAUAAGGUUGCCAGACUGGUGCUUUUUCAUAGCAAAGUUCUUUGGCUCUGGUGUUAUUAUCGCAACUGCCUUUAUUCAUUUGCUCCAACCUGCAAAUGAAGCUCUUUCAGAUGAAUGUUUGGGUGAGGGAUUCGAAGACUACCCAUACGCUUUCGCCAUUGCAUUGGUAUCCAUUUUUGUGAUGUGUUUUGGUGAAUUGAUGACAUUUAGAUUCAUGGACCAUAAGUUAGAAGUUGCUGAAGAAAAACAGAUAAAUGCGGACAAGAUCUCAAAGCUUGAAAAUGAAGAGGAUGAUGAAGUUGGAACGGGUCUUGACUUGAAUACACAACCAGCUCCUGAACCCCAACAAAUGAACCCAGAAAACACUCUAGAGAACCACUUUGCUCAUCAGAAUGAACACCAAGAUAUUGAGAAUGUUGGAACAUUAGUAGACAAUAACUUGGAAAGCUACAAGAGCCAGUUCAUUUCCGUUCUCGUUCUGGAAUUUGGUAUCAUCUUCCAUUCUGUGUUCGUCGGUUUAACUUUGGCUACAUCAGGUGAUGAGUUUACCACGUUGUAUCCAGUGAUAGUAUUCCAUCAGAUGUUUGAAGGUCUGGGUUUGGGAACUAGAAUCGCCGCAACUCCAUGGCCACAUAACCGCAGGCUCACUCCAUGGUUCUUUGCUCUUGCCUAUGGUCUUACUACCCCGAUUGCAAUUGCCAUCGGACUUGGUGUUCGUCACUCUUAUGCUGCAGGUUCGAGUACUGCUCUUAUCACCAACGGAUGCUUUGAUGCUGUGUCUGCUGGUAUUCUGAUAUACACGGGUUUGGUUGAACUCAUGGCGCAUGAGUUUAUUUUCAGUACCCAAUUCAAUGGUAAGGGAGGACUGAAACGUCUUUUGUGGGCAUAUGCUAUCAUGUGUCUUGGUACUGGGUUGAUGGCUCUACUUGGAAAAUGGGCCUAA